CCGGACUACAGCUCCCGGCGUGCUGCGGCGGGGCGGGCCGAGGGGCCGCCGGGAGCGCACCGGGAGAGCACCGGGAGCGCGGCGGAGCGAGCGCCGGCCCCGCCGAGCCGAGCCGGGCCGGACCGGGCGGGAGCGGGGCUCCUGCCAGCCAGGAGAGGCAGGAUGAACGUGGGAACAGCGCACAGCGAGGUGAACCCCAACACCCGGGUGAUGAACAGCCGCGGCAUCUGGCUGUCCUACGUGCUGGGCAUCGGGCUGCUGCACGUCGUGCUCCUCAGCAUCCCCUUCUUCAGCGUCCCCGUGGUCUGGACCCUCACCAACAUCAUCCACAACCUGAGCAUGUACAUCUUCCUGCACACCGUGAAGGGAACCCCCUUCGAGACCCCGGACCAGGGCAAGGCCCGGCUGCUCACGCACUGGGAGCAGAUGGAUUAUGGAGUCCAGUUCACCGCGUCCCGCAAGUUCCUCACCAUCAUGCCCAUCGUCCUGUAUUUUCUAACCAGCUUUUACACCAAGUACGACCGGGUACACUUCAUCAUCAACACCAUCUCCCUCAUGAGCGUCCUGAUCCCCAAACUGCCUCAGUUCCACGGAGUGAGGAUCUUUGGCAUCAACAAGUACUGAGCGGCGUGGCCGGAGCGGAUGGCGGAGGAGCGGGGCCGAGGGGGGAAUUCCUCUCUCCAGCCCUAUUUCCUCCCCCCACACAGACUGGGAUGUGGUUUGGCUGUUUAAAGGCAGAUCCCAACAGACACAUUCCGCAUGCUGGAUCCUCGUGCCCAAUAAAUCCAAACCAGCUCCAGA